AUGUCUGGUCAAAUUGAUUCUAAUUUUGAGGAUGAUGUUGAUUUUGUGCCAUCAACUACAAAUGAAGUACAAUCUGUUAGCAAUACAGUAGAUGAAACUCAGAAUCAGAGAAAAAGAACUUCUCGUGCAUGGGAUCAUUUCACACGGGAAAAAAUUGAUGGAAAAAUUAAAGCAGUUUGCAAGUAUUGCGAGCGUAAGCUGGUGGGAGAAAGUUCUAGUGGGACUAGGCAUUUAAAUUCUCACGUGAAAACGUGUCCUGUAAGAAAGGCCCAACUUGCCGCCAAUCCUAGUGCAACUGCAAGCCCUUCGGUUUCUUUUAAUUUUGAUCCUGAUUUAGCAAGGACCAAAUUGGCUCAAAUGAUCGUUAAGCACGAAUAUCCCUUGUCUAUGGUUGAGCAUAGCGGGUUUAUAGAAUAUUCAAGCACUUUAUGUCCCAUGUUUCAAAUGGUUGUCAAGGAAUACAAUUAG